UUAUGAAAAAAUAAUUGCUCCGAGAAAUAUUUUAACGGAAUAAUCAUUGUUAUGAAUACCUGAGUGGAGGUUAAUGAAAACAGGCUCUAUUCCUAACAUAGAACACUUUUACUCUAACGAGAUGAUUCCCAUUAACUUCUGACUGCGGGUAGCACUGUGGGGUUCUUUUCUAACUUGUUAGAGUAAAUAUAUUUAGUUACCAGGUCAUAAUAUCUAAAAAAUACUUGCAGUUUACGCUUUUUCCUAUUUCAAACUUUUUUAAAGUACGCGCAAGAGUUCUCACUUCUCGUGCAAAGUAAAAACUAAUUGAAACUUCCAAAGUGCACUGCAUGUUAGAUGAUUGAGUUAUUGAGUACCUCAGUUGAUGUCUGCCUGGUAUGAAAUAUCCUGAAUAAAUAAUAAUAAAUUAGGUGUCUGACAGAAACUUUAUGUAGCAUAAUUAUGCAAGAGUUUUAUUAUAUUAAAGUUCUCUUAUAUAUUGUGAGAUCUUAUUUUAUAAUAAAAUAUUCGUUGUAAUAAUUAUCAGUACAAUCCGAAUAAAAAUGAGCCCACCAAAAAAGAAGACUAAAGUGGUCAUUCCAAUUAAUAACAAACGUGAAAAUGAUUGUGAUGAAGGACCAAGAAAACGUUGCAAAAGAGAAGUAUUAACUGAGGAUGUUCAAAGCAGAAGGCGGAAAAACUUUAUUAAAGCUUGCGAACAAGUAUCAUACAAUGCAUAUUUUGAUUACAAUAAAAGAUUACAUCUUAUUAGCUUGCCUACAUGCCUCAAUAUUGAUACAUGUGUGCACCAGGAAUUAAAAAAUAAAACAGAUAUGAAACAAAUACCAGGUCGAAUAGAAGAAGCAUUUAAAAUAGAAAUGAAGUCCAAUAUUUGGUGGGAUGCCCUGGAAGUGUGUUUUCUAUGUAUCACUCCAAAUCAGUAUUUAUCCCGCAAUAUAUUAAUGGAUGUGGUUGAAAUUAUGAUGAAUGCCCAUGAAGACACCACAUCAAAUUAUACAAUAUCUAGUCUUCUUGACCGAUGCCGUCACGUUUUAUCUUUAAAUUUUAACAUGCACCCACCAUGUCAUAUUAAAAGUAUUAGAAAAUGCUAUGUUAGUUUUCUAACAUCACCAAUGGAUUUUAAGCAGAAUACUUUUACAAAUAGAACUAGUUUUGGGUGUGAAAAAGGAAUAGUGAAGUAUUGUUUCAAUAGACUUGAAUAUGAAUUAAGCAUUGAGAGUCCAGAUGGUGCUUUAGUUGAAAAGACAAAGAACACACCAGAGGAAAUGAAGCAAAGUGUACAAGGCUUGCAUUGGCAAAAAGAAAAGUUUGAAAUUUUUGAGCUACUGGAACGGUCAGAUAGGAUAGAGAGAUUAAUGGCAGUUUUACAUAGUAUAAUAGAAUUAUUACAAUUUGAUUUAGCCAUCUGGCAUUCUAGGUAUACAAAUAAUGCAGGAAGCCACAUAAUGAGAUCACAUAAGCCUUUUAUGGCACAUAUUUUGUGGUCAAACAAUGUUCUGUAUACUGGAGCUGUCACAACAAACUGCCGACAAAUUUUAAAAUUGUUUGUAUAUUUUGUGCAUCUAAAGUAUCCAGAAAGACAUAUUAACACUUUAAUGGUAUGGCUGAAUGCUGUUAUACAGACAUUUUAUAUGUGUGAAAACAAUUCAUCAGGUGACUAUCCAAAUACAGGAAAAUAUUGCUCAGCAUUUGCUAAUGAGUUUUAUAAGAUCAUUGCAGAAUUGCCCCCAAAAUCUAUAAUAAGAGUACUAGAAAGGAUAAAUCCCAUCUUCAUGAGAAGUUUAAUUGGCCAGAAACACAUACAAAAUAUAUUAUCUAUAUGUCAUGAUGAAGAUAUUAUUAAAAUAUUCUUAAACUUCAUGUUAAAUUCUCAGUGGCAGAGUUUUCCUAUAGGAGAUCCGAUUCAAGUUCCCGAAUCUUUAGUUGCAAAACAUAUUAAGCCUAGUAAACUUUUAAAAUACCUUGCAAAAUUAACUCGAAAUGUACUCAAGUCAAAUAAUAAUUUGGUAUCAGAAGCUCAAGAUGGUUAUGCAAAAUAUGACAGAAUAGUGGAUUUACAGGUUGAUAAAUUUGAUCAGAAUCAUGUUAUCACAAGUAUUUAUGUAGCCUUUCAUGCAUAUUUAGAAGCAUAUAGUAUUCCAAAAGUUCAAGAAACCUUAGACACCUUAAAUAAGAUGUUAUAUGAUGACAGUAGUAAUAAUAGGGAGGACUUAAAAUCAUAUUCAGUGUCGGAAACAUUUAUAAAAAAGUACAGAUCAAUAUUUCAGAGCCUUCAAGAACUAAUGCAUGUGUUACAAAAUAAGAAGAGAGAUGAUGAAUAUUCACAUAUCUUAAAAGUUUUUGAAAGCAUAGAAUUUUUAGGGUUAUAGAAUUACAUAAUUGUGUUUUAGUUAUAUCUGUAAAUAUUAAUUGGAUUUUCAUGUUAAAUUUUAUUAUUAUAAUAUUUUGAUUUGAUUGCAGAAUUGUUACAUUAUUAUUUUUAAAACCACUCAAAUAAAAUAAAAAUAUUUCUUCAA